AUGGGGUGUAAUCAGGAGGGGCAAUCAGAACAUUUGACUUUUGAGGAAAUUAGUCUCCUCACUGAGAGUGAGCAUGAGGACAGUGAGGAGUCCUUUGAAGAAAUCAGUCUCCUCACUGAGAGUGAGCAUGAGGACAGUGAGGAGUCCUUUGAAGAAAUCAGUCUCCUCACUGAGAGUGAGCAUGAGGACAGUGAAGAGUCCUUUGAAGAAAUCAGUGUCCUCACUGAGAAUCUGACUGAUAGUGAGGACAUUGCAAAUAAGUCUGAAAGACAUGAUGAGGCACAAAAAACGGGGAAAAUGCUUUGGGAAUUUAUGGCUUCAGAGGAUUACCUAGCACCAAGUAAUCCAGGAAAUCUUCUAAGUUUGAAUGCGAUUGCAGCAGAUUGUGGCUUAGUGGAAAUCAAUAAGGAGGCGGCAUUGAAAUACGGGUAGAUUGAAACAG